CAAUAAAAACAAAUUAUAAAUAAUCUGAACAAAAAUUUUGUAUUUAUCAAUUUCAUUCUAUGUGUUGCCAAUUAACAAAAAAUAAAUUGCAAUGACAAUUUUAAAAAGAACUAAAAUUAGUAGAAGGUUCGUCAUUGGUUUGUUUGUUCGCAUUAUAAAGUUGAUACGACAUCAAUUGCAUAUUCUUUAUCUUAUCCCAUAUAAUUUCUAGCUCUAAAAAUAUCUCAUAAUUGUUAUACUCUUUAGUAUAACAAUUGAUAGCAAUAUAAUUCGAAUAUGGUAGUAUAAAUUCAAUAUAACAGUAUAAUAGUAUAACCUCGAAAUAACUGUGAUUUCUUCUUCAAUAAAAAAUUUUCGUAUAUAGUAAUAUAUACAGUAUAAAAAUAAAUAUCGUUAUUUAUAUUGCUGUAAAGUUUUAAAGGUUAUCUGAAAUUAUAUUUUUGAUAAAAGACCUAAUGUGAGACAAAAUGCCAAAGGUAGUUUCAAGAAGUAUUAUAUGUUCUGAUACCAAAGAUCAAGAAGAAUAUGGUGAAGAAAAACCAUUACAUAUUUAUUAUUGUUUAUGUGGUCAAAUGACAUUGAUUUUAGAUUGUGCUAUUGAAAAAUUACCACUAAGAAAAAGAGAUGGAGCACGGGUCAUUGAUGGUAGCAAGCAUGCUCAUAAAAUGACUUGCGAACAAGAUGAAAUUGUUUAUUUGAAACGUCCAGAAGGAAUAGAAAAACAAUAUCGACAAAAAUGUAAAAAAUGUGGUCUUUUUCUAUAUUAUAAACAUGGCCUUAGCGUGAAUAUUGUAUUUAUUGUAAAAGGUGCUGUGAUAAAAAGUUCUGGUGAAGGUCCAAUGACUGAUAUAUAUAAUCAAGUAGCAAUUGAAAAACCUAAAAAAAUAAUGGUAACGAAACAUACCAAGAAUAUGGGCAAAUUUAGUUCAGUAACUGUAUCUACGAUAGAUGAAGAAGAAGAUGAAAUCGAAGCUAGAGAAGUUGCUGAUUCAUAUGCAAAUAAUGCACGAAUCAUAGAAAAGCAACUUGAAAGAAAAGGAAUGAAUAAAAGAAAAGCUAUGCCACCAACUGAAACAAAUAUUAAACGGACAAGACCAAGAGGAACAUUAUUAGAUGUAUAGUUUGUUAACUACUAUGUAUUCUGAAGUAUCAUAAAGUAUAAUGAAGUUUUGUAUUCUAA